AUUAGCACAUGUGUCUUACACUUCUGGUCUUGUUGGGGUCAGUUAACUUUGCUCGAGUCCAGUCCAGCAGUCGGUGCAAUGCAAUAAUAUCAUAAACUUGUGCAGCUGAAAUCAACUGUAUUUCGUUAAAAAUGGACGCUGAUCCUUUACUAGAAAAUUUGAUGGGGCAGUUGGGUGAUUUUGGAAAUUACCAGAGGAGACAACACCUAUUACACAUUUUGUCCUCAUUUCUUGCUGGAAUUCACAUGCUAUCCUUGACCUUUAUCGCUCCGACUCCAAAUCAUCGAUGUUUUAUUGAAAGUCUUGAUAACAACUCGUCAAGUUAUGACCUCGGGAAUUCUUCCAUCCUUUCAAGUUAUAUCCCUCUCAAUAAGGAUGGAGACUUGGACUCGUGUCUCAAAUAUGUGUACGCGGACACAAAUGAGACAGCCACUUGUAAUGGGAAUUACGUUUUUGACACGUCGUAUUACAAAUCGUCGCGUGUAAUUGAGUGGGGACUCGUCUGUGGAGAAAGGUGGAAGCGAGCCUUGCUUCAAUCCGUCUACAUGUUUGGCGUCUUAAACGGGGCUGUCUUUCUGGGAUCGCUGGCUGACACAUUUGGACGAAAACCCAUCUUUUACUUCUCGGGAAUAUUGCAACUUGUUUUUGGCGUUGCUUCAGCAUUCGUGUCAAAUUAUUAUGUGUACGCUGUUCUGCUAUUUUUCUACGGUGCGUUUGGAUCAUCAGGGAGUUAUGUCACUGGUUUUGUUUUAUCAAUGGAAUUGGUUGGACCAUCUAAAAGAACCCUUUGUGGAACCGCUUUCAGCAUUUCUUUCGCCGUUGGAGUCAUGGUGGUCGCAUUUUGGGCUUGGCUGAUACCGAAUGUGGAACUACUUCAAGUAGUUUACGGACUCCACAGCCUCGUCCUUAUUGGACAUUGGUGGCUGGUGGACGAAUCUAUCAGAUGGCUUUGGGGGCAAGGGCGUGUGAAGGAGGCUGUCGCAAUAGCCAAGAAGGCCGUUGAAAUGAAUGGAAAGCAUUUGAUUAAUAAUUAUCACGAUGGAAGAGCAGCCACGAAUAGGGUUCGAGAGGAAGAGGAAUCUUACGGUGUCAUGGAUCUCUUCCGAACUCCUAAUUUACGUUGUCGGACUCUCAAUGUGGCGUAUAAUUGGUUCGCCAAUAGCCUGGUGUAUUACGGGCUUUCUUUUAACAUUGGAACUCUACCCGGAAACCCUUUUUUCAUCCUCUUUCUCAAUGGACUGGCUGAAUUUCCGGGUUAUUUUAUUGUCAUCGUAUUAUCUGACAGAACUGGAAGGAGGUCACUUUCUUCGUUGCUACUCUUUCUGGGAGGAUUAUCUUGUGUCGUCAUUGCUUUCAUUCCCAGAGGAUCUAUUGUCACUGCGAUUGCGAUGCUGGCAAAAAUUGCUGUCGCUGGUUCCUUUGCAAUCAUUUAUAAUUUUACUGCAGAACUCUAUCCGACCGUGAUAAGAAAUUCUGCAGUUGGAAUAAGUGCAAUGGCUGCAAGAACGAGUGGGAUGAUUACUCCACAGAUUAUUUUAUUGGAUUCGAUAGGACGGGAAAUACCUACAAUAAUUUUUGGCUGUGUAGCAAUCGUUGCUGCCUUUCUAGCACUCUUUUUGCCAGAAACACUGAACAAAGAAAUGCCUCAAACGCUUGAAGACGGUGAGAACUUUGGCCGGGGUGACACAGGUUUUAGAACGUUAUCCAGAGCGAUAAGUCGUCGAAGGUAUCGGGAAGCGGGGACAAGACUUCAUCGUUAAGAGGAGACAAAAAUUAAGAAUUAUGCUUAUCUAGUCCGUUGCAUUUUUCGUUUCUAAUUAAAACUGGCCAUAAUUGAAAUACUGUGUUUUUCAUAAAUUACCAUUCGUUCAUCUGAUUAACAAAAGUGCGUAAUACACGA